AUGGCUUGGGGAACAGUUAAUCAAGUUGAUGAAACACCAAUGGAGAGCAUUCCAGUUAUUCGUGAUUACCCGAAUGUUUUUCCAGAAGAGUUACCAGGGAAGACGAUCCCGACGGCCAUCCUGACGCGCAUCAUGCGACUCGCGUUGCCGCCGAACGCCAAGGUUACCGGCGACGCAAAGGACGCCAUGGACCGGAGUGUCAAGGAGUUUGCCGCGGCCGUCACCUGGACGGCCGUGCAGGAAUGUAGGCGGGACCGGCGCGUGACCGUGACCGGCGACGACCUCAUCGUCGCCAUGGGCAGCCUCGGCCUCGGCGACUACGUCGGGCCCCUCCGCGCGUACCUGCGCCGCUAUCGCGAGACUGUGGGCGUAAUGCCGCGCGGCCGGCAGACCGUGCUGCUGCCAGCGCCGGCAGCCAUGAUGACGGUGGAGGUGGAGAUGCAACCACCGCCGCCGGAGACGAGUCUCGCGCUGAGCUUGGGCCUGCAGCCGCCGCAGGAUGUCACGGAGCUUGGGCUCGAUGCCGACGUGUAUGCGGUGUGGCCUGGAGCAGCAGGGGCAGGAACCUCGCGGAUGCCACCUGCUGGUGGCGAAGAGUGA